AUAUUUAUAACAAAAAUCUAUUUAUCACCUUUAAUUAAAAGCCCCCAUCAUCAUCAACCCCAAUAAAUUUUUACUACAUAAUUUUCUAGGGCUUUUUUUUCAAUCCCAAUUCUUUCGCCGCCUCUAUCAGUAAAAAUCAUGCCUCGCCGAAGCACAGGAAGAUCUGCUCCUCGUCCUGCCUCUCGUGCAGCCCCUCGUCCUGCUCCAGCUCCAGUGCACCAUGCUCCCCCACCGGCUCCCAUGCAAAGUAGUGGCGGUGGCAUGCUUAGUGGUAUUGGUUCUACCAUAGCUCAAGGGAUGGCCUUUGGUACUGGAAGUGCUGUAGCACACAGGGCUAUAGAUUCUGUUAUGGGUCCACGCACCAUUCAACAUGAAACUGUUGCUUCCCAGGCACCUGCUGCAGCAGCAGCUCCAACAACCAGCGGUGCUGGUUCAGAUGCUUGCAGUAUGCAUUCUAAAGCAUUCCAAGACUGCAUCAAUAGCUCUGGAAGUGACAUUGGCAAGUGUCAGUUCUACAUGGACAUGUUGUCUGAUUGCAGGAGGAACUCAAUGCUGAAUGCCUAGGCUUCUUGGCUGGGUACUAAUUUACAGUAUGGCGCAUCUGCUCAGUAGGACAACAUUCGUAUCAGCUUAUUGGUGAGCCCCAUCUCAUUUGGGGUUUAGUCAACUCUUUAUUUUAUGAUUAGCUAUGCAUCUAAGGUAUGCUGGGGGCCUUGUCCCAGCGAGUAUGUUUUCCAUGUUAAGACUUAUGUUAGAGGUUUCAUAGACUAGACAAGUCAGUUAUGUCAUGUCACACUUUCGGAGUCGUAUAGCCAUUUUGGCUCAUUCAUGUUAUUUCCGCACUUAUGUUUAAACAAGUAUUUUGGUUAAGUAUUAUGACUUAUUGCAUUUUAUAAA